CCUUUUCCCUUUUUUUUCAAAUAGUAUUAUCCCUCUACCCGCACAUUGCUUCCUCAUCGCUGGUCUAUGCUUUGUUAAGUUAGGGUUUUAGAGUUUUCCUUUCCCGUUCUCCCCUCUUGAGGAUGGCCGGAAUGAAACUGACGCCAGAAGAAUCCGAUUUCACGCAGGUCAGGCCGACAGCAGCGGCCGACCUAAUUUCAGAUGACGACCGAUCCGUGGCCGCGGACUCUUGGUCUAUAAAGAGUGAAUACGGGAGCACCCUCGACGACGAGCAGCGUCACGCUGAUGCCGCUGAAGCCCUUUCCGCGGCUAGUUACAGAGCCGCGUCUGAUUACAGUUCUGAUAAAGAAGAUCAAGAUGCCGAUGGCGUUUCCUCAAUGCUUGGUUUCCAGACUCAUUGGGAUGCCACCUAUGCGGAUGAAUUGGCAAAUUUUAGAGAACAUGGCCAUACUGGUGAAAUUUGGUUUGGUGCUGAUGUAAUGGAAACUGUUGGUUCCUGGACCAAAAGCUUGUGCAUUGAUAUCACCCUAGGUCACUUUCCAAAUCAGAUAGGAAAUAGCAGUUCAGGUCCUGCUGGGCAUUAUGAAAAAGAUUUGUCGAAAUGGAGUGUGCUGGAUAUUGGGACUGGAAAUGGCUUGCUUCUUCAAGAGCUUGCUAAACAGGGGUUCUCUGAUCUCACUGGAACUGAUUAUAGUGAAGGAGCAAUUGACCUUGCUCGUAAUCUUGCUGAUCGUGAUGGUUUUUCUGAGAUCAAAUUCUUGGUUGAUGAUGUUCUUGAAACAAAGUUAGAUAGGAAGUUUCAUCUUGUUAUGGAUAAAGGUACUUUAGAUGCCAUUGGAUUGCAUCCUGACGGGCCUAUCAAAAGGAUCAUGUACUGGGAAUCAGUCUUAAAACUUGUAGCUCCUGGUGGGUUAUUGGUAAGCUCUUUUUCUUUUCCUCAGACGUGACGAUAAUCCUUCUCCAUAACAGCUUUCAAUUCUUCAACUGUUCACUUCCAUUUUCAUUUCAUUUUCAUUUACCCCAGUGCCGCAAAGGGGGGUCGGAUGUACGCAGUCUUACCCUUGUACUAAAGCACAGAGAGACUGUUUCCGGAUGGCCCACAGUGAAAAUCCCGUCCAAAAUUGCAUGGACUGACUGCUGCUUCAUAACAAAGAAGCGCAGACAGUUUAGUGAGCCAUUUUGCUUUAUUCCAUCAUAAUCUCAAGCCAAAAAAUAAUGAAUCUUUGGCUCCAUUGCAAAUGAUGUAAUUCAACUGUUCACUUGCAUAGUUGCAUAAAAUCUCAAAUGGGAGCAUUCCUACCAGAAUCUUUUUUUUAUGUCUGUGUGUAGGGGGCGGAUAAGGUACAAACUGUGCUUAUUGUGCAAACCUUUGUACGCUGCAUCUUUACGUUAUUUGUAUUGCAUAUUGAGGUUCAAAGUGUUGCAUAUUAUUUAGCCAUAGAAUAGCAGUUGCAUAUUAAUGAUCAAUGAGUUGCAUCCUAAAAAAGUUGGCUUUUAUUACAAAAAUGUCACUGAGCCUUUAUAGCCUUUAGAUCAACUCAUCUCAUCGGAUGGCCAAGAUGAGUUUGUAGUUUGUAAAUUAAGGAGGGUUUGUAUUUGAUCUCUAUUCUAUGUGUGUGUAUUUCACUGUUUGCUGGUGUGAUUAUUGCAGGUAAUCACAUCAUGUAACAGUACGAAAGAUGAAUUGGUAGAAGAGGUGUCUGCAUUGAAUCAAAGAAGAAACCCUGUCAGUCAAGAAUCGGAGGAGAAUCAAGAGCAGCAGGAAACCCCCAGAGAUACCCCUCCAUUCCGCUACCUUGAUCAUGUUCGAUCUUAUCCAACAUUCAUGUUCGGAGGAUCCAUAGGAUCUCGUGUUGCCACAGCUGCAUUCCUAAAAGAACUUUCAUCUAUUUGAGUGAAUCUGACUUGCAAUGCUCCUAUUCAUUUCUAUGUAUUCUACAUUGAUAUUCAGUGUUUUAUUAUACUGUUCAGACUGUUUGGCUGCCAAAUGCUACCACUUUAUAUAAACUGAAAAUAGUAGUAGCAUCAUUGUUUAAUUGCA